AUGGCGAGGCCGGCACCUGCGGGGGAGAGGCGGGGAGGGGACGACGACGCGGCCACGCGUGCGGCCGCGGAGCAAAGAGUCACCCGCGACCUGCUCGCGGAAUGGCGGCUCCCCGAAAGAGCGCUGCGUCGGCCCGCACGGGGUUUCCACCCGCGCCGGAGGAGGGGCGGGCGGCGCGGCGGGACUACGGCUCCCGGCGCGCACCGCCGUCGCCAGCAGCGCUGGGGCAUGCCGGGAGCUGUAGUCCCGGCCGAGGGGCGCCAUGGGAGUGGUAGUCGGGAGGGGGCGCGACGGGGAGGGGGAAUUACGGCUCCCACAGUGCACCGCGGGUCUGCACUGCAGGGUGAAAUCCCAGAAAUCGGUGUCCUCGCCUCGGUCCGGCCCCGUGGAGGCAGCCGCCUUGCCACCUGCAGGUUCCCUAAGGCCAAUGCCAAAUUUAUCUGGGCUUUGUGUGAGAAAGGUGCUAGGUUGCUAUGCCAAACCAUCGUGUGGGAGCAGAGGAACAUUCUGUCUUCUCUCCCACUCUUUUUUGAGAAGGACAGGAGAUUUCUGCAGUGUAUGAAAUAUUUAUUGACAGAAACUGAGAAGGUGGGUUGCACUGAGCAAGGACCAUCUGAGGAGUGUUACAUUAUCAGUAAUGCAUUUGACAAGAUAACAGAGUACGUUACUGCAUACAAGAAUAUCCUGACUUAAGUCAAACAGGAAUAUGAGGCAUUUAUUGCCAGAAUCAAGAAUGGCCAAAGGAGUGCAUUUUUUCUUCAUGGGAUUAAAGCUCUGGAAUCUGAGUCCACAAUUCUAUUGUACUAUAGGAAAAGAGCAAGGGAGCUUGAAGACAGUAAAAUAAAAGCUUUUCAGAAGAAUUCUGCAAAAAUUAAAAAUGUAAUACCGGAAAUUCAUAAUAUAAGAAAGGUACCCUCUGAAACCUUUGGCAGCCCAGAGAAAACAGCACAUCCUCUUAAGCCCAUCCCGGCUCUUGAUGUCCCUAGUAAAAUGGCUGAAGGUUCACUUCAAUAUUUUGAAAGUUUCAGUGACUUCCUUCCAAGUGGUCAGUAUGAUGCUGCAGCAACUUACGCAGUAAGUUGCGGAAUUCCUAGGGGAAUUCCUUGUAAAGAAGAAGCUCUGAAGUAUCUUAAAUCUGUUAGCUGCCUUAAAGGAAGAAAUAUCCCUUUGCUGAAGUAUUUUGACGCUCUGAUAAACUCAAGUACUGCAGCUGGACACCCUCCAAAUUCAGCCAUAACUCUGGAAGCAAUGAAAUGUGCAUUGUCUGAAAAGCAAUGGAAUCUAUUAACACACUGGGUUAAACACCAAAGGUAUUUAACCUUUUCUGAGGCAGUAGGAGAUAUUAUUUAUGACUAUGGGAAAGUGGAACCAAGUGACAAGUCAAAAUGCCUGGCUUUGGCUGAGGUCGCGUGUGGUCAGUCUGGUGCACACAGAAAAAUUGCUCUGUGCCUAUGUGAACAGCACCAAAUUUCUGGAGCAAUGGAUUAUAUUCAGCAACUGGAGCAUUUUUCUUCAGAAGAUUACUUCUUUCUAUUGGAAAACUGUCCUAGCACUGCAUUAAUUCACUGUCUCAGUCAACAAUGGAUUAGAAAACCACUGUUUUCAUCUAUGGGGGCUACAGUCCUGUCUUUUAUCUCAGCCAAUCACAAAAAGCAUGGUUUUGAGCUAUUGGAGGAAAUGAGCAAGAAAAAUGCAUUUGAACACAUUAUUAUAAAUGAUACCGUCUGUACUUUGGAAGACUGGAAUAAGAUAGCAGUUGCUUGUGCAGAAAAUAAGCAUGAAAAGUUAUCUCAGAAAAUCGUGUUGAUUCUCACCUCACAGGAUGGAGUGUUUGAAAAUUCGCCACUUGAUGAAAAAGAUGGAAGGUUAAUGGAACAUGUUUUCUGGUAGUUUUUCUGUGUAACAACAGAGGGAGCUCUUACAGCAGUCAAGCGAAGAAUCCUUUUCACUCUUUUUAUGAACCGUAGUAAACACUAAGCAUGCAGAAACAGUGCUGAGAAUAAUUUUACCAUUGAAGCCUGAGCCUGAUGGAAAACUACCAGACAAGACUCUUAACAAGCAGCAGCAAUGAACUAUGUAAACAUUUUCUUGUGAGACAGGUAUGUAAGCACACGGUAAUCUUUUAAUAGAACUUAUCUUCAAGAAUGGAAUGCAAAGCCACUAUGAGAUAAAGAGGCACAGGAUGCCUCAAGACUGCCCAGGUGUCCCUGAAACCCAUCCAAGGAUUAUGAUGCACAUGUGGAGAUGGGUGGUUACUUAUGUUAACAAGUUCUCGGAAAAGUCAUGAACACGCUAAUUAUUUUGUGAAUAUGUAUGUAUAACUUGCAUAUAAAUUGUGUAACUGACUUGACACGGCACGCAUAUUAGGAGGAGUGAUCCCCUGUGCACCCAGCACUGCAAUAAAGAAUACCUACUUAAUAGUCA